CAUGCCCCAUAGUCGUGGUAACUCGGCCGCCGCAACUCGCCUUUUGCAAUUGGACGCAGUAGCAGGAGGUCCUGCUCGUGGCGUCGGUCUUAUCGCGUCGACGUAUCUUAUCCCCCCGCACACAAAGAGCAUGAGCUUGUGUGGCAUUGGUCAUACCACUAUCACGUCGUGUAGGGUCCUCUCUGUUGCGAGGUCAUCGUUCAGCAUAUAAAGCAAGGGCCUUUUCUUCGCCACACCCCUCUCCAUCAGUCAGCAUCACAGCGCCCUCCCUUAUUCCCCUUCCAGUCCUCAACGAUGGCCGACGCCAAGCCCAGCGUGCACACGUACGAGCCAGACACCGACCUGGCCCCGGUCCCAGCCGGCCCUUCGGUCGUCGACAAGAUCAAGCGAUUCGGUCGCAGCCUCGUCUCACGCGAUGCGUGGGUGGGCGACCACGACUAUGCCGCCCUCCUGAUCCCCACGAUCCCGUACCUCACCAAGACCGACCGGGUGCUGCCCUUCUACGGCGUCCACGACAAGGUGCCUUAUCUUCUGCUCAUCAUCCUCGGCCUUCAGCAUGCGCUCGCCAUGGUCGGCGGUGUCGUCACCCCGCCUCUUCUACUGGGCGGAUCGUCGGGCGCGAACCUGGGCAACGCCAACGUGCAGUACCUCAUCUCUGCCUCGCUCAUCUGGUGCGCCGUAGGCACUGCCGUGCAGGCGUCGCGGUUCCGCCUCGGCAAGACUCGCUACUUCCUCGGCACGGGCAUCAUCUCGGUCACUGGCACCUCGUUUGCAUUCGUCAAUGUGGGUCUCUCCUACCUCUCGCAGGCCUAUGCCUCGGGUGUGUGUCCCGUGGCCGAAGACGGCACAUUGCUGCCGUGCCCGCGCGAGUUUGGCGCCAUUCUCGGCACGGCCUGCGUGACCAGUGUCAUCGCCUUCGUCCUGGCCUUUAUCCCGCCCAAAGCCAUCCGUCGCCUGUUCCCGCCGCUCGUCGUGGGCAUGAUGCUCUUCCUCAUCGGCGCUUCCUUGGUCAAGAGCGGCGUCACCAACUGGGCCGGUGGCUCGGGCCCAUGCAUGACCAAUCACGCGCUCAUGUGUCCGUCGAACACGGCGCCCGUCACCAAGCAUCCCUGGGGAAGCGCACCGCUCAUCGGCCUGGGCUUCUCUGCGUUUGCCACCAUUAUCAUCUGCGAGCUGUUUGGCGGUCCCUUUAUCAAGUCGGCCUCUGUCUUCACCGGCCUCGUCGUGGGCAUGGUCAUCGCCGCCGCCACGGGCUACUUCAACGGAGCCACGAUCAAGGCGGCGCCCAGCUUCACCUUUCUCUGGGUCAAGACGUUCCCCCUGGGCAUCCGUGGCCAGCUCGUCCUGCCUAUGCUGGCCGCGUGGACGGUCAUCUGCGCCGAGACGAUCGGAAACGUGACAGCGUCGUGCGAUGUGUCGCAGUUGCCCAUCGAGGGCGAGGAGUUUGAGACGCGCGUCCAGGGCGGCAUGCUGGCCGACGCCAUCUCGGCGAUGCUGGCGCCCCUCGCUACCAUCACACCCUUGACCACCUUCUCGCAGAACGCGGGCGUCAUCGCCCUCACCCGCAACGCCAACCGCAACGCCGCGUACGUCUGUGCCUUUUUCCUGCUCCUGAUGGGCAUCGUGGCCAAGUUUGCCUCCGUCUUUGUCGCCAUGCCCCCAAGCGUCGUGGGCGGCUUCACCACGUUUCUCUUUGGCUCUGUCGCCGUGUCGGGCAUCCGCGUCAUGGCGUAUGCCAAGUGGGACCGGCGGGCGCGGUUCAUCUCCACAUGUGGCAUGUCGCUCGGCCUCGCCUCGCUGUGCGUGCCCAAGUGGUUCAGCUACUUUUUCACCUACGCAGGCAACAACUCGGGUCUCCAGGGCCUCAUCCAGGCCAUUGUCCUCAUCGUCGAGGAGCCGUACCUGAUUGCGUCGCUGAUUGCCAUCCUCCUCAAUGCGCUCCUGCCCCACGAAAAGGCUCCCGAGGAGCAGCAGCCUCUGCAGCAGCAGCAGGCUUCAGAUGCCGCCAGCAGCACCAGUAGUAGCGCUGCCGCCGACGGCGACGACGUCAAAGUCGCGCCUGCCGCGCACUCGGCCGAGACCUGGAACAGCCCCGGCCCGGUCCUGGGUCGGCAUUGAGCCAUCGUAGUCAUGCUGGAGAAGGGGUCAGAGGGUCGCUGUCAUUGCUACGAAUAGAUGUACUGUACAUAAAGACUGCUUG